AUGAUUCCUCGAUACGCACACAUUGCUAUACUUUUCUUGGCAAUUGUACUUUUUGACGCAGCAUUUGCCAGAGACAAGUUCGUGGACAUUAUUAUUCAGUUUUUUUUAUCUUCGAACUAAAAGUUUGUUCAAAAGUUUUUUUUUUUCUGUUACCAUUCUAUUCGAGUAACGUUUUAUUUCAAAAUACAAGUUUUUCUUCUUAAAAAAUGGUCGAAUUGUUUGACAAAAAAAAACCGUCGCACUUUUUACGGCCAUGUAAUGAAAUCGUCUGUCGGUAUAUUUUGGCUGUUCCACUGAAAAAAAAACGGGACGCUUGGCGCCAGAAUAAAAAAUUAAAAGCCGUAGGAACCAUGAAAAAGUUUACAAUCGACCUUUCAACAGAGAAUGAAGUCGUAAAGGGUCUCGAAAAUGACUGACUUCUUGUUCAAAGAACGUUUUUGAAGAAGAAGGUCAAAAUAAUAUUGCCGUGUGUUUUGACGUUCUCCUGUGGGAAAAGGGACCUGCAGGACAAUUAUUAUCGGAAAGACUAUAUAUUUUCAGAUUCCUUGUACGAAAAGGAGGUCGGUUAGAUAGAUUGCACAAACGAACGCUCAGCGAAUGGAAACACGCGGCGCAUCAUCAUAAAUCUCGAAGACACAGGUAGGCAAGCAAAUUUGGAAGGAACGGAACAAAAAUUAUGAUUUGAGAGUUAUAGUGGAAAACUACCAGAAGUCUCACACUUCAAUUUUUUGUAUCAAUAUGGAAUUGAAAGUUCUAGAAAUGAGACUCACAAAAAAAUUUUAUCUUUUUUUAUUGUCCAAAGGUUUUGAAACUUCGAACAGUUUUGUGAGAUGAUUGACAUCAAACUGAUGUUUUGAACUUUUGCGUAGGCUUCAAUUUUUUUAAAUAAUCACCUUAGUUCACUCACAUCAAGAUCCAGUUAGUUUCAUUAUCAACAAGAAGGAUAAGAGACGAAAAGAGUGGUCUCAUUCUUCAAAUUAACAGGCACAAAAGACGAAGACACUAUCGUGACGGUGGAUUCCGAAUAGACCACGUCCUGGCGCAGAUGGAUUCUUUCGUUCGGCCUCGGUUUGGCCGUUCCGUCGGCUUUACCGAUUGGCGAAACCACGUCUCUUAG